UGGCUUAAUUCUAAUUAUUCACGUAAAUCCCAUGGAAGAUAGCGUGAUGCAACAGUGGGAGUCGGGGUAACAGGACCAACAUGUAAAUGGCGAGAUGGCAAAAACUAGAGUAAAAGUGAGUGAAAAUCGAAGGUGGAGAGGGCGGAGAAAUCCAAGGAGAUUUGAAACAGAAUGUUUCGUUCUCUCCUUUACCUAUUCCUGUAGACUCGGAACUCCUCUUUCUCUUUCGCUUUCUCUUUCUCAUUCUUUUUCUCCGCUUUCGCCGUGUUCAUGAUCUCAUUCAAUGUUCUAAGCUAUGCCCAUUUCAGAACGACAACAACACAUGGCAUGCAUGAAGCUGGGCUCUAAACCUGAAGCCUUUCACCGUGAAGGCCAUACCUGGUUUUGUACAACUGGACUUCCAAGCGAUGUUGCUGUUGAAAUUGGUGAAAUGUCCUUUAAUCUCCACAAGUUUCCAUUGCUUUCAAGAAGUGGUUUACUGGAAAAGCUUAUAGAAAAUUGCUCCAAUGAGGAUGGAUCCCAUUGUGUUUUACAACUUCAUGAAUUACCUGGUGGGGCUAAGGCAUUUGAACUUGUAACAAAAUUUUGCUAUGGUGUUAAAAUAGAGCUCACUUCUUUGAACAUAGUCAGCCUUAGGUGUGCGGCAGAGUACCUUCAAAUGAAUGAAAAUUACGGCGAGGGAAAUCUUAUUGCACAAACAGAGGGUUUCCUCAAUGAAGUUUUCAGCAAUUGGGUGGACUCAAUAAAAGCUCUUGGAACAUGUGAAGUUCUACCAUAUGCUGAGGAUCUUCAUAUUGUUUCAAGAUGCAUCGAUUCAUUGGCAAUGAAAGCUUGUGCAGACCCAACCUUAUUUGGUUGGCCUGUGUCAGGUUGUACCAAUGUGCAGAGUCCAGCAGGUGUCGUCUUAUGGAAUGGAAUAUCUACUGUGAAUAAGCCACAAUCAGUGCGUGAAGAUUGGUGGUAUGGAGAUGUGUCCUUCCUUAGUUUACCUUUCUAUAAACGAAUGAUGCAAGCUGUUGAAUUGAGAGGGAUGAAGCCUGAGAGAGUUGCUGGGUCCCUCAUUUUCUAUGCUAAGAGGUAUCUCCCCUUGAUGAAUAGACAAUCUAGCUUCAAGGAUACAAAUCAUGUCAACCCAGGGACAACCAUUCCCACUCCUUCUGAGGCAGAUCAAAGGGCUCUCCUAGAAGAUAUUGUGGAUUUACUUCCUAAUCGGAAGGGGGUCACAUCGACUAAGUUUCUUCUUAGGCUGCUCCGAACAGCUAUGAUCUUGCAUACAAGUUCAUUAUGUAGAGAAAAUUUGGAGAGGAGGGUAGGAACCCAAUUGGACCAAGCUGUACUUGAGGAUCUUCUUAUACCAAAUAUGGGUUAUUCAGUGGAAACCCUCUAUGAUAUAGACUGUGUUCAGAGGAUUCUUGAUCAUUUCAUGUCAGUGGAGAAUACUGCAGUUGCAACAGCUUCUCCAUGUAUAGUUGAGGAGGGAAAGUUGAUGGAUGGGCCUGAUUGCCUGACACCAGUGAUGUUGGUGGCCAAUCUGGUGGAUGGAUAUCUUGCUGAGGUGGCGCCAGAUGUUAAUUUGAAGUUGCCAAAAUUUCAGUCACUUGCUGCUGCAGUACCUGAUUAUGCUAGACCAGUUAAUGACAGCAUUUACCAUGCAAUUGAUCUAUACCUUAAGGCACAUCCUUGGCUUAUAGAUUCGGAGAGAGAGCAGAUCUGCAGACUCAUGAAUUGCCAGAAGCUCUCAUUAGAGGCCAGCACCCAUGCUGCUCAGAAUGAGAGGCUACCUCUCCGAGUAAUUGUCCAAGUCCUCUUCUUUGAACAGCUUCGCCUCCGAACAACAGUUUCUGGUUGGUUCUUUGUGUCCGACAAUCUUGCAAACUCACAAGAUCCCAAUGACAACCUUGGGAUCCCCAAAACUGAUGGUUCCCAUCAAGUGGACCCUGAACAAGAUCAUGGUGCUGGUGUUGAUGACAUGAGAGAGCGUGUUUUGGAGCUUGAGAAAGAGUGCUUGAGCAUGAAACAAGAGAUUCAGAAGCUGGUGAAGAUGAAGAGAAGUUGGAACAUCAUUCCCAAAAUGUUGGUUUUUAGGCAAAAAUCACAACGUUGCAAUUCAAAAAAAUCAAGGCCGGGCGAUGUAAAGACACCAUUAUCCUCUUCAAAUGGCCACCAAAAUCAUGAACAUGCUUUUGCAGGAGAAUAGAAAAAGGGAGGCAUAUAGAAGAAACUGAAGCUCCCCAAGUGACAGUCAAGAUUUCUUCUUUGUUAAGC